AUGCAGGAGAAUGCGCCGACAGUGCCAUCGCCGUUGAACCCCGAGGUGAGAGGACGGUCGCAACGAGAGCGCAAAGAGACGGCCAAGAAGCGCGAGGCCACACGGGGCACGACACCGACCGUAGCAGCCAAGCGCAAGGCGACUGGCUCGUCGAACAGCCGUCAUGCGGGCCCUCAGUCGGCGCCAUCGCCUAUGCGGUAUCAGAUCCCUGCGCCGAAGACGUCCGAUUACGACCCACCCAAGCCUCCCGUUUUCACCUCGCACGAACCUACACCUUACAUGACGCCGGAUGCAAAGAUGGAGCUCAAGAAAGUCACGGACCAGGCUGAGAACAAACGAGCAUACCGAUACACGUUAGCGGUGGCCGACCCCAACUUCCGUCACAAGCAAUUCUAUCGCCAGUCAGAUGGGCUGCCCUAUGGUGCACGCAUGUCCUUCGAGGACGCCGACCGAUCCAUACACUACGACACCAGUGGAUCUCGUAUGACCAACGGAAGAGGAUGGCGCAUGGCGAGAGCCAAUGUCUGCGCGCGCGAGGGGUCGCUCUAUUACGAAGUGCGUGUCGUACGUGGUGUGCCUGCUGUCCACUCUGAGAGUGUCACGGUUGGCGCGAGCCAAGGUCCUCAGCCACAUGUCCGUAUGGGAUGGGCUCGUCGAGAAGCCCCGUUGGACGCGCCUGUUGGUUUUGACGGCUAUAGCUACGGCAUCACCGACCUCCGCUUCGAGCCCAUGCAUCGCAGCCGCCCGUCAAAGUUCUUCCACCCUAGGACGUCAAAAGCAAAGGCCAACACGCCUAUCCAGCUCAACGACAGCAUCCGUGAAGGCGACAUUGUUGGUCUUGAGAUCACCCUCCCUUCACUUUCGUUGCACCAAAAGGUCGUUGAAGGCCACUACAACCCGGCCGUCGAUCUUGGCGAUGGCUUUGAAGACCAACCACCACGUCCCGAUCCUUCCCUCGAACCUCACCACAUCAUCCGCGACCGUAUUCCCGUGCCGUACAAAGGCAAUGUCUACUUCGAGACCAUGGACUAUGUCUCGACAAAGGCUGUUGAAACCUAUGCAGACCGUACCUUGUCCUUGACAUCUCUGUCCACUCCUGCUCCUGGCGCUCCGACAUCUAUCAAAUCGCAACCUGGCCCUCACCACCAAGAUCCGCCGCUGCGUACCCUGCCACACAGUAACAUCCGCGUCUACAAGAACGGCCAGUUGAUCGGCACCGCCUUUGAAAACUUACUGGCUUUCUUACCACCUGCCAGUCAGACCAGCAAGUCGCAAGGUGCUCGAGAAGGCUUCGAUGACGGUAUGCUCGGCUACUUUCCCGCCAUAGCAUGUUUCAGCGGUGGCAUCGCCGAACUCAACUUUGGCGAAAACGGCUUCUGGAUGCCGCCCACCCACUUGAAGCCUGCCCCCCCUCUCUCUGACACCUCAGAUCCAGACCAGAGAUUCUAUCCUGGUCGUUCUCUCCGUCCCAUCUCUGAGAGAUUCAAGGAGCAAAUUGCAGAAGAUGUGGUUUGGGAUGUCCUCGACGAAGUAGACUUCUUCAUGCAGGACGGUGGAUUUGGAGGAAAGGUCGGCGCCGGUGCUAAUGCUGUCAAGAAGGGCGUUGCCAGCUUGAAGGAGGAAAUGGACUAG